AUGGCUGGCAAACGUUGUAACGAGGAUGAGGUAUGCGUAGACGGCGUGGGGAUCCACCCUGAGAGGAAACAUGCCUGUGAACAAUGUAGAGGGGUGUCGACAUUUGAUGAUCAUCACGAUGCCAUAUGUGAUCUGACCGCCGAGCAAUUUGCAAAAUUGAAGUUGUUGAUUGCUGAGAAUGAGGAUGCUGAUGAGGAGAAAUUGCUAGAAUACGUAAAAUCUGAAGAUCAUCAUAGGCUGGCAAGAUUGAGGGCAUAUGAAGAUUGUGAAUUUGCAGAGACGAUGACCCCGCUCGAAUAUUGGUUGUAUUGUAGAGAGCAAGAGGGUUGUAUGAACGAGGAUGAUGAUGAUGAUGAUGAUGAUGACGAUGACGAUGACGAUGAUGAUGAUGACGAUGACGAUGAUGAUGAUGAUGAUGAUGAGACGGUGGCAGUAGGGGGGAAGAUUGUGGUUUCAGAGAAAAAAACAUGGUUUUACCCUAAUCCGGAGGGGUUAUACUAUUGUGACAUUUGUGGAAACGAUCCUGACCAACCUUGCGAACACGUCUCGACCCCUUGUGAGGAUAUGACUUUAAGUCUAUUCGGUGGUAAUUGUAAAAAUCAAUAA